ACGUUGGAGUCAAUGCAAAACUAACCCCCACCAAAAUGACAGAGAAUUAGAGAAACCGGGCCAGGCCCAAACUGUGGAAACUGGAAACUUUAAGUCCAAAACCCCAUCUUCUGAUAAACCCUAGACACCAAUUUUGGUUCAGCGAGAAAUCAAGCAAUGGAGAUCACAGGUUUGAGCAAUGCAUCAGAUGAUUUCGUCCCGCUUGUGGGUGAAAACUAUGCCAUGAAGAUGAAAAACUCAGUGCAAGAACUGAUUUCCGAGACUCGCAAAGGGUCCCCUGAUUUUUCUUCUUUCCUUGAUGUAUUCUACGAAUUGAUGCAAGCCAAUGUUAAUCCACCUUUUGAGGUGAUAUGGGUCUACACUGCAAUCAAGUUUCAAAGCCUCAAAUCGGAGAAAGGUGAUGCCUUGGAUCGUGUAUCUGACGUAAGAUCCUUGUUUCAGCUGCUAUCUGCGUGUUCAGCUUCUGUUGGUGCUUCAAAGAGUGUGGCUUUGAUGGCCCCAGUUGUUUAUGAGGUUCACAAGGUUCUUCUAGAACUUUCUGGAAAGGAACUGAAGCUGAAGAGAGAAAAGAAAGCAAUGAAGGAGGUGAAGUCCCUGGUGGAUGUGAUUGUUGGGUACAUGAGUAUUUGCUGUAGUAAAAAGGUUUCUGAGGAGGAAGAACAUGAUUUUAUUGGAUUGAAUUUGAUUAUGCCUUUCACUGAUUUGGCUUAUGUUUGGAUGAAUGCAAAUGGGGAUGCUGAUAAUGGGUUUGAAUCUUUGUUGCCAAUUUUGGGCAGUGAUGUUUGCAAGUGGCUUUGUGAUAAGGGUUUUCAUGUUGGUUACUUGGGAGGUGCUGUCAUCAUGGAAGCUUUUUUCUUGAAACUUAGGUUGCUUUGUCAUAGGAAAACACCAGGGGAUGAAUUGGAAGUGAAUCUCAAGAGUUGGGCUGUUGGCUCAAUAUCUAGCUUUCAGAAUAUUUACUUUUUGGAGGUCCUCAUGAGGGCAGCAUUAGGGACAUCUUUGCCACUGAGCUCAAUUUCGAAAUCUGAAGAGGAAACUCUGUUUAGGAAGGUUCUGUUUGAUGCUUUGCUAUUGGUGGAGUACCCUUUCCUUUAUGAAAAUUCCAAGUACAUCAAAGACCUUUCCUUGACCAGACUGAUUGUUACUCAUAAGGCUGUAGAAUAUUUUAGGGGAAUUGGUGAUCAGAAAAGAGCUCUCUCUUAUGUUAGGGAAUUUUCUGUUUCACGGAUACCCUUGCAAAUAAUCAAAUAUGUUACAAGCCAGAAUGGUUUGGAGGAAAAAGCUGUUAAAGCAAAUGGAUCUUCACCCAGAGCUCUUUUGACUUGGUUGCUGAGCAUUGAGAAUAGAGGGAUUCGAGUUCUUGAAGAUGAUACUUUAAGAAGCUGUGCUAAAUCAGGUCUUGAUAUUUCCCAAGCCGAGCAACCUACUGGUAACUUGAAUGGAAAGAUGGUGGAUGAUGAUCUUUUUUAUGUUGAUAAUGUUGGGGAAGAGGGAAAUGCAGUUGAGGAGGAUAAGCAAAACGAAGUGAUUAGUGAUGCGUUUGUAGCUGCUGCUCGAACUAUGAAGGUAACUGAUGGUGGAAGCCAAAAGCGAAAAGGAAAAAGCAAAGAAAGGAAAGUCAAAUUCAUCAAACAUAACCUCCUUCAAAAUUCUCGUCCAGUCAAAGCCGAGACUUCAUCCGCAAAUGAUGGUUCAAGUGGCGAGAGUGAAGUUGAGGAUCCAGCUUCUGAUUCAGAUUCAUAAGCUAGAGUAUCAAAUUGUUAAUCUCUAUAUAAAACUAAAGUAGAGGAUCCAGUUACGGCGAAGAUACACCAAGCCCCCUUGAUUUUUCCAUGUACUUCUUGGGGUGAUCCUGUUCAUGGGAAUGAUGAUCAGCAAAUUAUGAUAAGGAGGCUCCAAGAAGUUAGUGCUGUGGCUGCCACAUACUUCAAGUUCAGUAUUGUCUGCAACAAUUUUUCCUUGUUCAUUGCAGGCUUUAGAGAUUUUUAUUGUAGCUUCAUCUAUAGGAAUUUCAAAGAUGUUUGUAUUGUGUUA